UUGAGAUGUCAGCCAAGAGCUUCAGUAUAGUCACAGUGGCUACUGUGCUUAUUUUCUUCCAAAAGAUACAGCUCUCACUGCAAGCACCGUUGAAUGCAUCAAAAUGGUCUUAUAUUGGUCCUGAUGGAGAGAAGACCUGGCCGAAGAAAUACCCAUUUUGUGGAGGAGUAUUCCAAUCACCAAUUGAUUUCCACAAAGCUAUUCUCCAGUAUGAUUCGAAUCUCUUGCCUUUAGAAUUCAUAGGCUAUAACGUGCCCUCCACUGACCAGUUUACAUUGAUCAAUAAUGGCCAUUCAGUGAAAAUGUAUCUGUCACCUGCUAUGUCCAUCAGAAACCUCCCAUUUGAAUACACUGCAUCUCAACUUCACCUGCACUGGGGAAACCAGAACAAGUCUGAAGGCUCUGAGCACACCGUCGGCGGGAAGCAUUUUGCAGCAGAGCUGCAUAUUGUGCAUUACAACUCUGAGAAAUACCCAGAUAUAACUGCAGCAAUGGACAAAGCAGAUGGACUGGCUGUUUUGGCUGUUCUCCUUGAGAUUGGACCCUUCAGCCCAUCCUAUGAAAAGAUCUUCAGGCACUUCCGGAAUGUGAAAUACAAAGAUCAGAAGGUCCUGGUCCCUGGUUUCAAUAUUCAAGAACUGCUUCCUGACAGACUGGAUGAGUAUUAUCGCUACGAAGGCUCCCUGACAACUCCUCCCUGCUACCCAAGCGUUCUCUGGACAGUUUUCCGACACCCUCUUAAAAUUUCUCAAGAGCAGUUACUGGCACUGGAAACAGCCAUGUACUGCACAGAGCGUGAUGACCCAGAACCCCUGGAAAUGGUUGAUAACUUCAGAAAUGUUCAGGAAUUCCAUGAAAGACUGGUUUUUAUCUCCUUCCGUGAAGGUUUUGUGGUAUCUGUUGUGAUAGCCUGCAUUCUGGGAGUUCUCAUCAUUCUUGCAGUAGCAUUCUGGCUACUGAAGAAGAAAAGUUGCAAAAGGGGAGGUGGAGACAACAGAGGAGUCAUCUACAAACCAGGCAUGUACAAGGAGAAAGAAGACAUCUCCAAAAUUUGA